GACAAAUAUAUAUAAAACACAACAAUUGCUUUCUUCUCUUUCUCUCAUUGGUCUCUCCUCUUCCUCUUCUCCUUUUUUAUCGUUAUCCCAUCAUUGAUCAUCAUCUAUGGAGUCUGAAGCUUCCAGGUGGUUUCAGUCUCUUCAUGCCUCCUUUUCCUUCACCACCAUCUCUCUCAUCAUAAUCAUCACCAUCUUCUCUCUCUUCUCCCUCUCCCUCUCCCUCUAUUUAUUCAAAGCAAGGCUUUGGUGCAACUGUGAAAUUUGUCACACAUUUAUCACCUCAAGUUGGUCACUCCAAUUCACUAACCUCUGUGAUUGGUACACUCAUCUCCUCAAAAAUUCUCCUACCAAAACCAUUCACAUACAUGUGCUUGGCAACACAAUCACAGCUAACCCUGAAAACGUUGAGUACAUGCUCAAAACAAGAUUUGAGAAUUACCCAAAAGGCAAACCCUUCUCUGCAAUCUUGGGUGAUCUUCUUGGAAGGGGUAUCUUCAAUGUCGACGGUGAUUUAUGGAGGUUUCAGAGGAAAAUGGCAAGUCUAGAGCUUGGAAGAAUCUCAAUAAGAUCAUAUGCUUUUGAGAUUGUCAGUUUUGAAAUCGAAAACCGCCUUAUCCCACUCUUAUCCUCGGUUUCAGACAAAGAAGAUAUCAUGUUGGAUCUUCAAGACGUGUUUCGGAGAUUUUCUUUUGAUAGUAUUUGCAAAUUCUCAUUUGGGUUGGAUCCAGAGUGCUUAGAAUUAACCCUACCCAUGUCGGAAUUCGCUAUCUCCUUCGACAGAGCUUCUAAAUUAUCUGCUGAGAGAGCAAUGACAGCUUCGCCGUGGAUUUGGAAGAUGAAAAGAGUGUUGAAUUUGGGUUCUGAGAAGCAACUUAGCGAAGCUAUCAACAUGAUCAACACUUUGGCUCAAGAGGUCAUAAGGCAGCGGCGAAAAAUGGGGUUUUCGAACCAUAAAGAUCUUCUUUCUCGGUUCAUGGGUACUGUAAAUGAUGAAACAUACUUGAGAGACAUAGUCAUAAGCUUCCUCUUAGCUGGUCGCGACACUGUUGCUUCGACCUUGACUAGCCUUUUCUGGCUUCUGGCUAACCACCCUGAGGUAGAGCUAGCUAUUCUAGCCGAGGCGGAUCGAGUCAUCGGAGCUAGUUUAGAGCUCACAAGCUUGGAACAAAUGAGAGAACUCCAUUAUUUGCAAGCAACAAUCUAUGAGAGCAUGAGGCUAUACCCGCCAAUUCAAAUUGAUUCAAAGUUCUGUUUGGAAGAUGAUGUUUUGCCUGAUGGAACUUCUGUGAAGAGAGGAACUAGGGUUACUUAUCAUCCCUAUGCUAUGGGGCGAAUGGAACAGAUUUGGGGACCAGACUGCUUGCAAUUCAAGCCAGAAAGGUGGUUGAAAGAUGGUGUGUUCUUUCAAGAGAACCCUUUUAAGUACCCGGUUUUUCAGGCUGGUCUUAGGGUCUGUUUGGGCAAAGAAAUGGCACUGGUGGAGCUGAAGAGCGUGGCGCUUUCGUUGCUGCGGCGGUUCCACAUCAAACUAGCUGCACCGCACCACAGCCACCUCCGGUUCUCUCCCGGCCUCACCGCCUCUCUCUGUGGUGGUCUACCGGUCUUGAUUCGAGGCAGGAGAACUCCAUCAUAGUACACACUACCAGAGUUUUAAAUAUUAUUUGAUACAUAUUUAAUAUUAGUCAAAUAUUAAAAUUUUAAACUUCUAAUAUUGAUAUUCACCGAUAUAUCGGUUAAUAUUGUCAAAUAUUAACCGAUUUAAUAUCACUGAUAUUGAUGCGUAUCUAUCACCCUAGUACAAGUAUACCACAAAACCCUAAAUUUGGCUGAUGAAGAAAAAAAAAAACCCUUGAUUUCCCAAAUUAGCAUUGAUCUAAGAAAUAUGCUAUUGUGCACCAAACCGAUUGGUGGGUUGUGAAUCAUGAGUAAAUUGGCAUAUGAUCUAGUGGCCUACAUGAGCAUGUCUUGUUGGUUUUCGAGUAAGAUUUUUUUCUAAAUGUUGCAUAUUGUUGGGUGGCUGGUGCUUUUUUUUUUUUUAGGUAGUGUGCAGAUAUGUGUGUAUAUGUGUUUGAUGAAGACAUUAACUGUUCAGUUCACAUCAGUGUCUCCAAUUGUUGCCUUGUGAAGUUUGGAAGAACAGGAUUCUACUGUAUAUGUAAAAAUGAACUUCUGUUCUUUAUGGAUCAUGAUUUGUUGUCCACCUAAA